AUGACAGUUGCAGGCAACGGGAGCGAGGCGGAAUCACAGACGUCGCAAAGGGAGGGCGCGAGGGGCGCCGUCACAGCGGAUGGGCAGCGGGGAGCUACAGGUCACCACCGGGUGGACCCGCACAAGCUCCUGCGCAAGAUCACGUCGAAACGGGAGAUGUCCAAGCGAGAAAAGGAGAGGGAGAAGGAGCCGCGGCAGGCGCACGGCCGCGUGCAGGCCCCGCUUGAAGCCGCGCUUUCCGUUCCGUCGUCCAAAGCAGAGGACUUUUCGGCAGCCGCACUCUCAGAGAUCACGGCGCUGCUGCAGGCGCUGCUCGUGUACGUGCCCCCGUCUCUCAUCCCGCGCUUCGCGCAGGCCACGGAGGCCUGCCGCGCGCACGGCUUCGGGCAGGCGGUGGCGCUGGAGCCCGAGUGCAAGGUCUUCCAGGGUGCGGUGAUGGUGGUCGACGUGACGGGGUUCACGCGCCUGACGGAGAAGCUCUCGAAGAACGGCGGCGCGGGCGGCGAGCUGCUGAUCGCGUGCCUGAACGACCUCUUCGGCAAGGCGAUUUCGGUGGUCACCGGGUACCGCGGGGAGGUGAUCAAGUUCGCGGGGGACGCGAUGGUCGUGGCGUUCGCGCCGGAGGAGGGCGCGCAGAACAACCGCGACCAGGGGCUCAGCUCCGCGGUGGUGCGCGCGGUGUUCUGCGCGCACGAGCUCGCGCGGCGGCUGGGCACGGUGUACAUGAUGCCCACCGGGACGGUGGCGAAGCUGCGCCAGCGCGCCGAGCGGCACGUGGCCAUCGCGGACGACAGCGUCCUCGUCACGGCGCACUCGGCGCUCCCCGACAGCAUGAUGCUCAAGAGCAUGGUGCAGGGGCUAGGGUCCGCGCAGGGCCCGCAGACGGCGCAGAACUCCGGGCGGCGAGCGAGCAUGCAGAAGAGCCGGCUUGAUCUGAGGAGAAUGUCGAGGGACGUGCCGGGCGGCGCGGGCGGCCACCGGCAGGGGUCGGCCUCCAUAGGGCCGUCUCUCGCGGAGGUGCCCAGCCGCGGCACACUGCAACACGCCGGCUCCGGAAUAGCGGAGCCCCGCAGCAGGACGAGCAUGCACACACAAAGGAGCGCCUAUACUUGCAAGAGCGAAGACAGCAGGAGAGAGGGCGAGCAGGGCCAGAGCCUCGUGGAACAGCCCUCCAUGCUCUCAGCCCUGUUCAAACGCCCUGAGGCCUCGGCCGACGCCGAGACCAAGUCGAAAGGACUCUUCGGCAUCUUCCGGACGAAGUCGAACAAGGUCGCGCAGGCUCCCGUGCUUUCAAGCUUGGCGAACGGCAGCCCGAACACGUCGGCCCAUGCCAGCUCGCAGGGGAGGCAACCCAACGCGUCCGACUCCGGGCACGGCCGCUCGGGCGACCAGCAGGCGAAGCACUCCGUCCUCCGGCUCGUCAACGGCGCCCGCAAGUCGUCUUACGCGGAGACCGCCGCGCGGAACAGGUCGGGCCAGGUAGCCCCAGCGCCGGGCUCCGGACACGCGCAAUCGUCCGGCGUGCGCAGCGGCGAUGCACCGGAGGCUCGAGCGCAGCCGAGCGGCUACAACAAGCUGUCGAUGAAGCUGAUGGUGGGCUGCGGCGCGCUGUGCACCUACCACGUGGGUUCGCGCUACCACCACAGCGGGGGGUCGCGGUGGGAGGCGUUCCUGGCCGACGCGCCCGGCACGUUCGACGUCGACGACCUCGGCAGGCGGCGCGCGAUGCUGCAGGUCGCGAACAUUGAGGGGUCGGCCCAGGCGGAGAAGGUGGUGUUGUCGCAGGAGGUGGUGGACUGCGUGGGGUCCAUCUUGCGCACGGAGGAGUGCGGUAGCGGCGGAGCGCACAUGCUGCAGGAGACGCUGCUGGACUACCCGGCGGCGCUGCGCUCGUUCCUGCCCGCAGGCGUGCCCGCGGCGCCGCGCAACAUCAAGAUGGGGGCGCAGCUGCUGUCGGCGGCGCUGCACGACCUCGACAUCGCGCAGCUGGACGGGCUGCAGCGCACGCAGCUGGUCAACAUGGUCGGCGGGCACGUGCUGCCGUUCAUCCGCGAGCGGCUCGAGCACAACCAGGGAGAGUUUUUGUCCGAGGUCCGCGAGAUCACCACGCUCUUCCUGGGCUUCCCCGGCCUCACGCAGCCGUGGCCUGACGCGUCGUCGGCGCUCGGCGCCGUCCAGCUGCACUUCAAGGUGGUCAGGGACGCGAUGGCGAAGCACAACGGCGACCUGCUGCAGAUCCGGUGCGACGAGAAGGGCUAUCUCUGCAUCUGCGCCUUCGGGCUGCCUGGGCGCGCGCGCCCGACGGACGCGAGCCGCGCCGUGCGGGCCGCGUGGGAGAUCCGCAGGAAGAUGAAGGAGGAGGGCUUCCUGACGGUCGCGGGGAUGAGCCGCGGGGAGCUGCUCUGCGGGCGCGUGGGCAGCCGAUGGCGCUGCGAGUACACCGUGUUCGGGAACGCCAUCAACCUCUCGGCCCGGCUGAUGUGCCGCGCGAAGAAGAGCGGCGCGGACCAGAUCAUGUGCUGCAGUGCGCUCGCGGAGGGCGCGCGCGACACGGGCGCGUUCCAGCCCCUGGGCGAGAUCGAGGUCAAGGGGCGCACGGAGCCCAUCCCGAUCUUCGAGCUCGUCGGCGUCAAGGGCACCGAGGAGGAAGACACAGCGGGCGUGCAGACCAAGGCGCAGGGCCGCGAGGGGUGGUUCGCGCCGUCGACGCCGCUGUUUGGGCGCGAGGGCGUCAAGGACCGGCUGCAGCAGCUGCUGCAGCAGCACGUCGGAGGCACGGGGGGACACACGGUCAUCAUCGAGGCGGAGAAGGGCGCCGGGAAGACGGCAAUCCUCAACUUUGCGCUCCGAGAGGCCACGGAGCAGGGCUCCAUUUGCACGUGCGAGGAGCGGCCCAACGGCAAGCACGAGCAUUGCCCGAUGCACAAGACCGACGCCAUCAUACCAGGGGAACCGCGACGCAGCAUGGACGGCCGCGAAAUCGCGUUCCUCGCCCGCACGUCCGUGGAGCCGCUUUCUCGUGGCACUCUGCUCGGGCCCUGGGUCCGCCUGCUCGCGCAGCUCUUCGCGAGGCUCCGCUGCAUACCUCGUCUGGACCAGGACCGCUUCAGCCGGUGGGCCGCGAUCCACCUCCACGAGCAGGCGGAGACGGUGGGACUGCUGACCUCCACGCUCGGCAUCCCCCCGUCGCAGCUUCCCUUCGCCCUACCGAAGCCGCACCAGGAGGUCCCGGAGACGCCGAAGAACACCAAGGUCAAGACGCUGCGCGUGCCGCGGGCGACGCGCACGAUGUCGCGCGUCAACCUGCACCGCGAGCGCAGCGCGGCCAUGAUGAUGAAGGCCGCCUCCACGCUCGGGAAGAACCGCGGCGAGCCCGACGCCGGCCUCGGCGGGGUGCCCGAGCUGCAGACGCUGGACGAUGCCCCGUCGCCGGGCGGCAACGUCGGGGUGACGGAUGCCGCGGAGCUCAACAAGCAGGCGAGCAUGCUGCGGGCGCUGUCCUCCAUGGCGGACCCGCGCAGCCCCACGCGCGCGGGCGAGGCGGACACGCUUGCGCCCGUGCUGACGGGGAUGGCCACGCUAGCCCGGCCGCUGCCGAAGAGCGAGGCGGAGGAGACGGCGCUGGUGUCGCUGAUGGCACAGAUCCUGCAGGGCAUCGCGGAGACGUGCGGGAGCGUGGUGCUCGUGAUCGACGACGCGCAUCUCAUGGACGACUCGUCCUGGCAGCUCCUGCAGCGCAUCACCUCGCUCGGCAAGCAGGGCCCGCUGACGAUCCUGAGCAUUGACCCGGACUUCAUCGCGCAGGCGCAGCUCGACGUGCAGUACGCCGUGCUGAAGCGCCGCCCGGACUCGCACGUCGUGCAGCUCGAGCCCCUCACGCGGCAGCAAGUGUACGAGCUCGCGGAGUUCCUGUGCGGCCCGAACAGUCCCGUGCUGUCCCACGUGGACGCCGUGCACGCGCGCGCCGGCGGCCACCCGCUGCUGACGGAGCAGCUCGUGCGAUACCUGCACGUCCUGGGCCGCAACGACGAGGCCGCGGUGCUCCGCGCGGUCACGGGCCUCCCGGCGGACCUGCGCGGGGAGGACCUGAUGCUGUCGGUGAUCACGCAGCGCCUCGACCUGCUGCCGGCGUCGGUGCAGCUGUCGAUCAAGGUCGCGAGCGUCGUGGGCGAGGUGUUCCCGCUGUCGGUCGUGCAGCGCGUGCACCCGAUCCGCCUGUCCGAGGAGCAGCUCCUGGCAGACCUGACGCACCUCACCGAGGCAGGCAUCGUGCACCCGCUCGACCCGGCGCUGAGCGGCACCGCGCAGUGGGGCGUCCUCGACGGCACGGUGCUCGUGCCGCAGGACGGCUCCGCGGGCACGAUGCUCGGCGAGGGGGGCUCCAAGUGCUUCCGGUUCUCCACGCACCUGUCGCGCCAGGUGGCCUACAGCCUCAUCCCGGUGUCGCAGCAGGCGCGCAUCCACGCGGACGUGGCGCACGUCAUGCAGGAGAGCGGCGGCGUGCCGCCCUCGGUCGUCGCGCACCAUCUCUCGCGCUCCCUCGAAUGGAUGUCGGCCUCCCUGGCCGAGCGACUCGAGAACGCCGUGCUGCUCUGGGAGCAGGCCGCGCUGCUCGCGCUCGCCGCCGGCGCGCACGCCGAGACGCUGCGCUUCCUCGGCCGCGCCGAGGCCGUCGCGGCGCUCCCGGUCGUCCCCGUGGCCGCCCCGGACCUCUUCCGCACCUCGUUUGGGGACUCGGAGCUCUCCGACGAGGGCGGGGAGCCCCCCGUCACCCCGCGCCGACCCUCGCGGCACCGCGACACGCGCUCGUUCACGUCGAGCCACUACGCUCGCUCGCUCUCGCGCGGGCAGCGCUCGCUCUCGCGCUCCCGCGGGAGGCGGACGGCGGGCGAGGGCGCGGAGGAGCACGUGUUCAAGGUGACGCCGGCGCGGCUGCUGCUGUGGAGCCAGAUGGCCGCGCGUGCGAACCUGGGCGUGCGCAACAUCGACGGCGCGGAGGCCGCGCUGAUCCUGGGCCUGGAUGCCGCGGGCAUCGAGCUCGAGGUGCCGCGGCUGGGGCUGCGGGGCCUGCUGCUGUGCUGCGGGGGCGGGCGGCAGCCGGUGCGCGCGGUGUACUCGCGCGAGGCGGCGGCGGAGGCGAUGAUGCUGGACAAGCACGACGAGCUGCGCGCGGAGCAGCAGAGGAGCACGCUGGGCGCCACCAUGCAGUUGGACGUCAUGCGGGCGCGCUGCAAGGCGGCGCAGCUCGCGGAGCUGCUCGUCGGCACCAGCGAGCUGCUCUACGUCGCGGCCACCACGGAGAUGCCCUUCGACGGCGACAUGCUGCAGGUCGUCGAGGCAGUGGCGGAGCUGGUGCUGACCGACCUCUCCCCGAGGGGGCAGCUGUCCGAGAGCGGUGCGGACGUGGCCCCGCUCGACGGUGCCGAAAUCACGGAGCGCGCGGCCGAGGUGCGGGACGCCGCGCACAGGCUGCUGCGGGCCGGGAAGCGCGCAAACAUGCGCGACGUGUGGAGGCCGGAGCAGGACCACCUGCUCACGAUGGCCAUGGAUCGCGUGGGGCAGUCCCGGCCGGAUUCGCCCGCGGAGCUGGGCCGCAAGGCGACGGGGGGCCAAGACAAGUCGCUCCUGGGCCAGGAUGUCGAGUGA